UGCGUUUGGCAACACUGACAGACUCAGGGAUUGGGUCACUUGAGUUGUAAACAAAGUGACGCCGAGGUGAGUCUGGUGGAGGUGGACCGCGUGUGGUGACUGGUGAAGGUUUUGCCGCUGUGGUGAGGGACCGAGGACGUCCUGCCAUUGAGUCAUAGAGGCACACAGACACACUGAGCAGUGAGGGCAGCGCUGAGGGCACCACGAGGAUGCUGCAGGACGAUGACUACGACUCUGACACUUCUGAUGAGGACUUUGUACCUGAAGGAGUGGUGGAAAGUGAUGAUGAAGCAGUGAGUGAUGGAGACGAAGAGGAGGAGGAGGCAGGUGAGGGAGACGAAGGAACAACACAAAAGGGAAAGAAGAAGAAACAAAGGAAAAAAGGCAAACAAAAGAAGAAAUCAUCAAAUGGUGUAGAAAAAGAAGAGGAAGAUGAACAGAAGGAAAUAGGCACAGAAGAAAGCAAAAAGAAGGAUGACAGUAUUUGGGCAGACUUCUUGGCAGAUGUUGAAGACAAACCCAGCCCUCCCCCAAAACCCAAGACCUCCAGCUGGGGAGCUCUGCUGGGGAACAAGAAGCCUACCACCACCACCACCACAAAUAGCAUACCUGCCAAAGCCCCGGCUCCUGUCAAGAAGGAGAAGCAGGACAGCAGCAAACCAGAGAAAGUCAAGAUCACUCAGGUGUUUGAGUUUGCUGGAGAGGAAGUGAGGGUAGAGAAGGAGGUGGAUGCUGAAUCAGUAGAAGCCCAGGCUGCCAAGUGUAGCGUUGCUCUCACAUCACAGAGCUCUGGCACCACAAAAGCACAACCUGGUGUGGGGGGCAUCAAGCGAGGUGCAGGGCUUUCUGGUCUGGUUAGUAUACUAGAUAGCAAGAAACAGAAACUUACCACACUAGAAAAAACAAAACUGGACUGGAAUAGCUUCAAGUCUGAGGAAGGUAUUGAUGAGGAGCUGGAGAAGCACAAGAAGAGCAAGGACGGGUAUCUGGACAAGCAGGCUUUCCUGGAGCGAGCCGACCUGAGGCAGUUUGAAAUAGAGCGGGCGAUGAGAAUGAGCAAGCGAUCCAACAGAUGAGAACUGUGAGGCAAAUAUCAGUGUUAAUGAUAUUGGAAGGAACUAACUUCUUCCUUCCACACUCACUCACUCACUUCAUCCAUUCAUCAAUCUAUUUUGCUAAUUUUUUUUUUUUUUUACUAUAAAGUUAAUUUUAUGUUUAUAACAAUUUUUCUAAUAUGUUGUUGAUUUUUGUAUUUAUUUUCUUUAACUCACAUGCAGUCUUGCCAGUCUCCUGUUUAUGAAUUCUUCCCAUUACAGUCAAUAAUGAAAUGGUUGUAAUUUUCACUUCCUCAACACCAAACAUCUGUGGUGCCUCUCAAGACCAUCAUCCUUCAUAUCAUUAUCAUGACUUUCUUUCCCACAGCAGACAAGAGCAGAUGAAUCUUUAUUCUUUUAAGUUAGUAUUUUACUUUAUGUUUUCUUGGAUGUGUUUGUGUUUAUGCAGGAAAAGCAAGUUGUAUUAGACACAUUCAUAUCAUCAGUAUUUAUCUUCCCUCAGACUUAACACUGGUCAUGGUCCACUGAACAUUACUAAACAAACAUCCAGCUAUGAUGGGCACAAACUAUAUAGUAUUCCAUGUUCCAUGUUUAGGUUGAUAUUUAUGUUGUGUUGCCUUCCAGUAUUACAUUACAAGUAACUGUUUGAAUUGACUGAAUGGUACAUAUUGUAGUCUUAUGUAACAGGACUUGGUUGUGAAAUGAAAGUUAAAGAUAUGGAAUUGAAAUAGUGGAAGUGAUUUUUUAUAAGAAAUACCUGUGAUGUGAAAAUAAAGAUGAAUGUAAUAGAAGUGUACAUUUCAAGUGAGGAUAAAGAAGUAAAAUAAGGGGUCAAGAGCAGCACUAAAACAUAAACACUAAAACAUCAAACUUCAAUGGAUAAAGUAAACUUCUAUAUGGAGGGGAAAAGUAUUCAUCCCAAGGUAAUGAUACAUUCCCAAGCCCAAGAUAAUUUGGGUAUUACUUAGCUCAUUUUGCUGCGUUUGAUGCUCUGUGCCUGGAGAUGCUGGCUAAAAAUGUUCACAAUAUUUAUUCAUUGGUUUUAUAAUACACAAAUUUAAAAAGAAUUCAAUUUCCAGUUGACCACUUUUGAUUUGUAACAUUCAGUCAGCUGGCAAAUCUGGCUGCUUUUCAGAUCCACAGCAGCUGCAGUGGUUCCUUGAAAUAGAAGAUAUGUAUUUAGGAGACAAUUAUCUAUUACAAAAACACAGGCUGUUAUAAUUGUAAGAUGUAAACCACAUUCCAUGGACAUGUUUAUAAUGGACAAUUGAGGACAGCUGUAGGAGGGGCACCAGUCAAGGCCAACAAAACAGAAAUUAAUGCCUACAGAGUGCCAGUCCUCAAAGAGUCAGAAGUAGUCAUAAAGAUUUAAAGGAUAACCAUCUUGAAACAUUCUCUUGAAAGAGUUCAAGUCAUAGGAAGGAGGACUUAGAGAAGCAGGCAGGGAGUUCCAGAGUUAAACAGAGAAAGGGACAAAUGAUUCAAAUUAUUGAAUAACUGUUGAAUUAAGAGAGAGGUGGACCGAAUAAGAGUGAGAGAAAGAAGAGAGUCUGAAACGGUAGGAGGGGAAGCAUGGAGUUAGAUCAGAAGAGCAGUUAGUAUGAGAGUAACAUUAAAAAACAGCAAGAAAUACAACACUGUGGCAAUGAGAGAGAAGCUGAAGACAGUCUUCUAGACUUGGAGAGGAGUUGCUAAAAUGAAAACCAGGCUCCAUACAUCUAUGGAUAAGGUCCCUGUACAGGGCUGGCAGCUGGAGGGUAAGAAAAAUUGGCAGAGACAGCUCAGAAUACCUAACUUCAUAGAAGCUUCUAGUUCUCACUAGGGAUGAGACCUGAAAUUUACAGUUUAGUUUAUAAAUAAAGGAUGGACCAUGGAUUGUCAGUGUAGGAGAAGGGAACAGUUGAGAGUCAUUGAAGAAGCAAUCUUUAUCUUGAAGGUAUGUUGAAUUCAUAAAUGGAGGUAUUGUAUUAAGUUUUCUUUAGGCUUUACUUGACAGACUACAGAUCGUGAUAAAUGCUUUAAAGAUCCCUGCUCUAGAUGAGAUGAAGAUGUGAACCUUAGAGGUCCUGCACAUCAGCUUACUAGCAUAACUUUGAGUUGUAAGAUACACCAUUUCUGGAGAACACUGUCCACUGUCCAGUGUCACUUUUGGUAACAUUUAGUAGUAUAUUAAUCAGUACAGAUCCACAGGCACAGUUCAACAAACACUCUAUAUAACAUUGCCAGGAGAGGAUUGGUUGAUUGAGAACUUUUUGUCACUGCUUGUAACUAGUUUGUGAUAAGAUGUGUCAGAUGGAGGGAAAGAGAUGUGCUUAGUGAAGAUCAAAACAUGAGGUGGUUGUCAUUUCCUAACAGGAAUCAAUAAUAGUACAUAACGGCUUUGAUUCACUCAUUUGCCAUGACUCAUGGGUGUAAUGGAAGGUGAGCUACAGUCAAUGUGAUGGAUUGCCACCAUUACUUUCUCCUCAGUGUCAAUUUGACUUUUAAGAAAUAUAAUGAGAGUGUAUUUUUUAUGUAUAAUUAACUAGGGUA